GUCCGUUCCAGAUUUGGAGGUCCGGUUUGGGGACCCCCCCCCCCUGCGCUGCCCCCGCUGGACCGGCCGGCGCCCCCCCCCCCGCGGGUCCCUGCUCCGCUUCCUGGGAGCCCCGGGGCCCGCGCCCCGCCCCCCAGACCCCCCCGGACCCCCAGAACACCUUCGACGUCCAUCGGACCCCCAGAACACCUUCGAUGUCAUCGAUCCCCUGGGGGUCCUGCAGGGUUUCUGGGGUCCCUCGGGGGCGCCCCCCCGGUGCGAGCUGAGCCCCACGGAGCCGCUGCUGCCGCCGCCCCCGGGGCCGUCCCCGCGCUGCCACCCCGGGCUGGGCACGCGCUGGUGGCUGCUGGCCCUGGGGACACCACAAAGGGAGGGGACGGUGCUGCUGCAGCAGGUGACAGCGGCGCAGGGGGACACGGCCAGGGUCAACGCCUCCCUGGCCAUCUCCACGCUGACCCCGACCCUGCGGGGGCUCCUGGGGACCCCCCAGACCCUGCACUGCUCCUUCACCCCCCCCGCCCCGGGCGUCCCCUUCACCCUGGAGUGGCUGCGGCACCGCGACGGCGCCACCCGGCGCCUGCUGGCCUUCGACUCGGCCGCCAACCGCGUCACCGAGGCGGCGCCGGGGGUGCUGCUGCUGCUGGGGGGGCACGGGGACACCGCCGGGACACCCCCGGGGACAGCGGGGACACAGCCGCCAGGGGGCGCUGUUCAGGUCUCUCUGCAGCUGCCGCCGCUCUCGGUGUCCGAUGACGGCUCCUUGUCUGCUCCGUGGCCACGCCCCUCGGGCAGCUGCAGCAGGUGCUGCGCCUGAACGUGAUUGCCCCUCCCCAGGUGUCCCUGUUCCCCUCCGUGCUGUCCCCGGGGGUCCCAGCCCGGCUCCGCUGUGACGCCGUCGGGUUUUUCCCUCUGGACGUUGGGAUCCGCUGGGAGCG